AAGCGCGCUCAAGAGGGACGAGGAAGCGCUUCUUUCACAAAGGAAAAAAUGACAAUCUUGUGCUUCAAUUAACCGCUUCUUUCACCUUUAAAGAUGCAAGCGUCACCCUUAAAGCUCAUUUCUUUCGUCAGCGUCACCGGAGUGGUGUCUGGACAUUACUGUGAGUGGGAUCUCUGUGACAGUGAACAAUAUUGCUGUGGUGACAAUCUCUGCUGUGAUUAUGUAUACAGCCUUUGGUAUUUUUGGGUAGGUGUUGUGUUUUUGGUCCUCCUGUUGUCAGCAUGUGGAGGCUUAUUCCGUUACUACUACAGACGAUGGUACACAGAGGGCAGUGGUCUACCUUACAUACCAUUCCCAGCCAGUCCGGCCUACAGUUCACUUCCAACUCAUAUAUCAAAUCAAGAGCCACUUUUCCAGAUUACCGAUGAUGGUAAAAAGACCGAGAUGUGAGUGACUUCCUCAGCCAUUGUCUUCCCACCUGAUCUCAAGUUUACCUCAAGUCACAGCAAAACGUAUCACAAGAAUGGAAGGAUCAGAAGAAGAGUUUUAGUGGCAGUUAAAUGGCAAGUGUUUUGGUGAAGAUGUCAGAUCAUUUUGUUUUAGAGGUUCCCAAAGGCUUCAAGCUGUGAAUUUUAUGUAUUUUAAUACUGGCAUACUAUGAGAGAGUAGUGAGAAAUAAUUUGUGUUCAUAACAAGAGUGACAGUCAUAAACCAAUGUGUGUUAUGUAAGUCCAAAAGUGACAUAAAAUUGUGGUACAUAUAUGAAUUUUACUGAAUAUUUGAUUUUUCUUUUGUUUAUUCAUAUUGAAGGCUUAUGUCUGUAACUCAGAAUAUAGGCAUAUAAUAAUAUCAGCUUGCCUGUCAACUAUUUCUGGUAUUACCAUUCUAUAAGUUUUAUUACUAACAUAUCUUUAGACGUAACAAAUUUCAUUGUUUUGUGUAUUCAUCUCUUUCUUACAUGUCAUAAGUAAAUAUGGUAGAUUGUUUAAUGACCUUUGUCCUUUUUUUCUGUUGGGUGUAUUCUCAAUACUCUAUCAAGUAUAUUGUGGAUCCAGUGUAUUGCUAAAAGAUUUAUAGUCUGUACUCUAUUUUGUAAUGAUUUGGUACUUUUGUGGAAAGAAAUGAAAUGUAUUUUCUUUCUGAGAGACUCUGUCAGAAUGAAAUUUAUUGAGGAAUUAUUUUAUGAUGUAUGCAUGAUGUCUCUCACAAACCCUCUGAUGUACUGUCUCUGACUCAGUCACAAUUUUUACAUGCACUUGCUCAUGCACACGGAAAUGCUGAAUCACCGAUGAAUACAUAAACAUACACAAAGACACACACAUAAACAUACAAACACACACACAUAAACAUACAAACACACACACAUAAACAUACAAACACACA